AUGGAUUUAUUGAAAACUACCAGCAAUAAAAAUGGCCACCACGAUAAUUCCCACGAAGAAGCCCUGGAACGUAUUAUUAAGUCAUUAAAAUCUCCCACUAUGGUCUGUGAGGACCAUUUCGAUGGCCAAAUACCUCACACCUUUGUAAUAUUUGGCGCUUCGGGUGAUUUGGCCAAAAAGAAAAUUUAUCCCACUUUAUGGUGGUUAUAUCGUGAUAAUCUCUUGCCUAAACCCACUAGAUUUUGUGGUUAUGCCCGUUCUAAGUUAACCACUUUGGAUGUACGCAAAUCGUGUGAGAAAUAUAUGAAGGUCCAACCCCAUGAACAGCAACGCUAUGAAGAAUUCUGGCAAUUAAAUGAUUAUGUAUCGGGUAACUAUGAUGGUCGUUUGGGUUUCGAAAUGCUACAGCAACAAAUGGAGGCUAUGGAAAAUAAAGGAAUAGCAAAUCGUAUAUUCUACUUAGCGUUGCCGCCAUCAGUGUUCAAUAGUGUAACCGUACAUGUUAAGGAGAUAUGUUUAUCGAAAAAAGGUUGGAAUCGUGUUAUUAUUGAGAAACCUUUUGGCCGUGAUGAUGUAUCUUCCAAACAUUUAAGCGAUCACUUAGCUUCUCUCUUCCACGAAGAACAAAUUUAUCGUAUUGAUCAUUAUUUGGGCAAAGAAAUGGUACAAAAUCUCAUGACUAUACGUUUUGCCAAUAAGAUAUUGGGUGCCACAUGGAAUCGUGAGAGCAUAGCCUCGGUUCUAAUCACCUUUAAAGAGCCCUUUGGUACCGAGGGACGUGGUGGCUAUUUCGAUGAAUUCGGCAUUAUACGUGAUGUUAUGCAAAAUCAUCUUUUACAGAUAUUAUCUUUGGUGGCCAUGGAAAAACCGGUUACCUGUCAUCCCGACGACAUAAGAGAUGAAAAGGUUAAGGUUUUGAAAAGUAUACCCGCGUUAACGUUAGAUGAUAUGGUUUUGGGUCAAUAUAUAGGUAAUCCCGAGGGUCAGGGUGAAGCUUUAAAAGGUUAUUUAGAUGAUCCUACUGUUGAUCCCAAUUCCACAACACCCACCUAUGCCUUGGGGGUGUUAAAGAUUAAUAACGAACGUUGGCAGGGGGUUCCCUUUAUACUGAGAUGUGGCAAGGCUUUGAAUGAACGUAAGGCAGAGGUACGCAUCCAAUACCAGGACAUACCCGGCGAUAUAUUCGAGGGUAAUACUAAACGUAAUGAAUUGGUAAUACGUGUCCAACCGGGCGAGGCUUUGUAUUUCAAAAUGAUGACCAAAUCCCCGGGCAUUACAUUCGAUAUUGAAGAAACCGAAUUGGAUUUGACCUAUGAACAUCGCUACCGAGAUUCCUACUUACCCGAUGCCUAUGAACGUUUAAUCCUAGAUGUUUUCUGUGGUUCUCAAAUGCAUUUUGUACGUUCCGAUGAGUUGCGCGAAGCCUGGCGUAUUUUCACGCCCAUUUUACAUCAAAUUGAGAAUAACAAAGUGAAACCUAUACCUUAUAAGUACGGUUCUCGCGGUCCCAAAGAGGCCGAUGUUAAGUGUAGUGAGAGUAAUUUUAAAUAUUAUGGUUCUUAUAAAUGGCAUGGAAAUAAUAAUAACUGGAUAAAUAGAACACAAUAGUUUUUAGGUGCUUUUUUCAUUAAGACAUUAAUUUUUCGCGUGUUUUUUCUUUGUACAAAAUUCAUGGUUUCAUUUGUAUAAGAAAAUAAAAUCCAGAUUUUUCAUUAAUUUUUAGAAAAUUUUGUACAAAAAUUACAUUAUUUCAUUUGUUUACAUUUUUUUGUUUUUUGUAAAAAUUUAUUAUUCAAAAUUCAUUAAUUAUAAAAAUAUUUCAUAAUUAUUUUGUAUUAAGUUUAUUGGACUUGUUGGAUUUAAUUUAUAACAAAAAAUUUGUUUGUUGCAAAAAUAAAAUAAAAUUAUGAAAAAAUUAAUAAAAA